UUUAGGUGACGUGUGUCAUGUCUGUCAUGUCAUUUUUAGGAUAGUCGCCGAUUUAUAAAGAGGCCGAAAAUAUGGAACAAUUAAACCUUUCCUCUUUAUUUGCGUUAUUAUUCAUAUUCGAUUUAACCUCCGCUCUAUAUUUCCACAUAGCGGAGGGGGAGCGGAAAUGUUUUAUCGAAGAAAUACCGGAUGACACAACUGUUAUGGUGAACUACAAGGUGGAGCUUUAUGACCCUCGUUCUGGCGGGUUUAUGCCCUCAUCGCCCGGGAUCGGCAUGCACGUGGAAGUCCGUGACCCCAAUGAUGGUGUGGUGCUGUCGCGGGUAUACUCCUCCGAGGGAAAGAUCUCCUUCACCUCCACUACUCCUGGAGAGCAUGUAAUUUGCAUGUACUCUAACAGUACCUCUUGGUUCAGCGGCUCUCAGUUACGGGUACACUUAGACAUCCAAGUAGGUGAACAUGCCGUAGACUACGCCAAUGUGGCACAGAAGGACAAGCUGACGGAGCUGCAGCUGAGGAUCCGCCAGCUGCUGGACCAGGUGCACCAAAUCACCAAGGAGCAGAGCUACCAGCGGCACCGUGAGGAGCGCUUUAGACAAACAUCGGAGAGCACCAACCAGCGUGUGCUGUGGUGGAGCUUGCUGCAGACCGGUGUUCUUGUUGGCAUCGGCUACUGGCAGAUGAGGCAUCUCAAGAGCUUCUUCGAGGCUAAGAAACUAGUGUAAAAACCUUAAAAUUAGCCUUUUUAACACAUCAGUACUUAUACCUAUACCUCUCACCAAACAUUUGGAGCUUCUGGUUUUCUAUACAAAAUGAGUCCCAGUUCUCACCACACACAUUCAGUAUUGGGAGAAUUCCCUAAAACUUACUAACAGCAACAUUUACCAUUGGGAUUCUUUUUGCCUGAUUGAGUCAAGUCCCAUCCGUUUACAAGAAAGUUUGUUGUGUUUAAGAGGUUAAUAUAUUAGUAUUCAUUUUAUAAGCCUUUGAGUAGUUCCAACUAUUGAAAUCGAAGUUAAUAGAGUCUGAAAAAUAACACAAUGUCAGUUUUGUGAAAGCUUAACACAUUCACUGCCAGACAAAAAACGGCGCACUACCCCAGAAACCGGUGGUCUAUAGCUGCGUACAAAACAACCCACCCAGCGGGUUGUCCGGAACAAAGUUCACGAGUGCCCACCAGGUGGGUUCCCGGCUGUGAAUGUGUUAAAAGUAACUAUUUUGGUACUUCUAAUGGUAUAGAGGUAUUAUGUUUUUUAAAUAUUGUCUUAUGUAAGAGUUCAGAAGAUCUAAGUCCAUUUAAUCGCUAUGUUGACAAUCUUUCAAAGCAAGUCUUGUAAUGUGAAUUUCCAUAAAAUCAUAUCCAUGUGCACUUGCUCAGGAUUGGUGAUGAAAUCUUGUUAAAUAAAUGGCAGUUUUACACAAUUUAUAAUUAUGUAUAUGUAAUUUAUAACAUAAGUGGUUCACACUCAUACCACAUCCAGAAUUCACAGCAGUGUAGAAACUAUUACUUUCAAUCUAUUUUUCACAUCACACUGUUAUUUUCAAAACAUGAAAUAUCCAAAGUGGACCUAUAUUAAAUUCUUUCACCUUUUUCAAGCUAAUUUAUCAUAGGAAUUUUUGGUAUACAAACACUAAACAAAUGUUUUCCAAAUGUAUGAAUAAUAUUUAGAAUUUUCGUUUUAGAAACAAGUAAUAUAUACUACUAUAUAUUUGAUGUGUUUUGCAAGUGAUCUGUAUUUUUUGAUUAAAAAAACAUAAGUUUAAA